ACGUGAUAUCUCCAUACCUAAUGCCCUUUCCGCCUUCUAGCUUUGAAGGAGGUUGCCUAUUUUCCUCCGUUAUGGCGGACACGCGUGUCCAGGUGCUGCUGGGAACGGGACUCACAAUCGUUUCCCACCCGCUUAUGUAUGUCAAGGUGCUAGUUCAGAUUGGACAUGAACCCCUGCCUCCCACUGUAGGAAGAAAUAUUUUUGGUAGACAGAUUUACCAGCUGCCAGGACUUUUUUCUUAUGCUAAACACAUCGUAAAGGUUGACGGGAAAGCCGGGCUGUUCAGUGGCCUGGUGCCGAGGCUCUGCGCUGGGACCAUCGGCACCGUCGUGCACAGCUCCGUCCUGCAGAGAUGCCAGGAAGAAGGCCAAGCUGAGGAACAUGGAAUCUGUGAAAAGGGAGAAGAGGCAUCUCUGAAGCAUGUCGUGAAUGAGACCACCAAAGAGAUGAUCGCCCGUUCCUGUGCCACGAUUGUCACGCACCCUUUCCACGUGAUCACUCUAAGAUGUAUGGUCCAGUUUGUUGGCAGAGAAACCAAAUACUGUGGUGUGUUUGAUUCCAUCUCAACAAUCUACAGGGAAGAAGGAAUUCUGGGAUUCUUUGCUGGGAUGAUUCCUCGUCUCCUUGGAGACGUACUGUCUCUUUGGAUCUGCAACAUGCUGGCCCACCUCAUCAACACCUAUGCAAUAGACAACUCGAUGAAUCAUAUGGGCGAAUUCAAGAACUGCUCCCAAACUGUGACAGGGUUUAUUGCCAGCAUGCUGACCUAUCCAUUUGUGCUGGUGUCCAACCUUAUGGCUGUCAACAACUGCGGUCUGGCAGGCGGCCUGCCCCCUCACGCUGCUGUGUAUCCAACCUGGGUGGACUGCUGGAGACACCUGAGCUUAGAGGGAAACAUGAGCAGAGGCAACAGUCUCUUUUUCCGGAAGGUUCCAGCAGGAAAAUUGUAUGCGCUUGACCAGAAGAGAUUUUUUUGAAGGCGGGAGGCAGUGGACAACCUAGCAUCAGCUUACAGUAAUAAAGUCAAAAGUAAAUUGGGACUAAUGGGUUGUAUCUAAUUUGUAUGCAUUUGUUGACAAUGAUGUACUGAAAUUUUUUAAACUGUCAAACUGCCACCAGUGAAGACGACAUUUUCACAUUGUUUUACGGCAACCUGAGCUGCAUCGAUGAAGAACGAAAAGAGCUUUAUUUUAAUAAUAUUUAGGCAUUUGUGUAAAUAUACUGCAGGGCAACAAAGGAAUUUAACUCAAUAAACAAGGGUUUAAAUUCACCACUACCCAAAAAGGCAUUUUAUUCCCCUCGUUUUGAAGUGGUCAGUUCUAUUUACUUGUAUCCGGCGAGCCGCGGCUAGCAUGUACACCCUUAAGCCUGUGCUGCCAGCGGCCACGUCCUCAUACUCUUCAGCCCACCUUCGCUACGCGGGACGAUGCCAUUUCACGCAGAGGUGUUCCUGGAGAGUCCACCGAGACGCCUCCCCUCCCUGGACGGACGUGGCAGAUGGUCGUGCGCUAUGCUACGUGGCAGACGGUCGUGCGCUAUGCUACGUGGCAGACGGUCGUGCGCUAUGCUACGUGGCAGACGGUCGUGCGCUAUGCUACGUGGCAGACGGUCGUGCGCUAUGCUACGUGGCAGACGGUCGUGCGCUAUGCUACGUGGCAGACGGUCGUGCGCUACGCUACGUGGCAGACGGUCGUGCGCUACGCUACGUGGCAGACGGUCGUGCGCUACGCUACGUGGCAGACGGUCGUGCGCUACGCUACGUGGCAGUCGGUCGUGCGCUACGCUACGAGGCAGACGGUCGUGCGCUAUGCUACGUGGCAGACGGUCGUGCGCUAUGCUACGUGGCAGACGGUCGUGGGCUACGCUACAUGGCAGACAGUCGCGCGCUACGCUACGUGGCAGACGGUCGCGCGCUAUGCUACGUGGCAGACGGUCGUACGCUACGUGGCAGACGGUCGCGCGCUACGCUACGUGGCAGACGGUCGUGCGCUACACUACGAGGCAGACGGUCGUGGGCUACGCUACAUGGCAGACAGUCGUGCGCUACGCUACGUGGCAGACGGUCGCGCGCUAUGCUACGUGGCAGACGGUCGCGCGCUAUGCUACGUGGCAGACGGUCGCGCGCUACGCUACGAGGCAGCUGUGGCGGCCAGCGUUCACUUCCAGACCGCCGGGUGUGCGUCUGUUUACAGGGACACGCCCCGCAUGUCAGGCUGCAUAUUUCCCUCAGCUUUGCUUGUGUAGCAUAAACGAAACUAUCCUUAUAUGACUUUUUUGGGGGGUUGUUGAAGAUUGCGGAAUUGGACCAAACACUUCCAAUGCCUGCCCGCCAUUCCCCCCCCCCCCCCCCCCCCCCGGUUCUGUUCAGGAGCCAUUUUAGGUCUCUAUGAAGGUUUGUUUCUCAAUAUGGGCGUGUAACACAGGGGUCAGCAACCCUGGUCCUGGAGAGCCACGGGGUGUGCUAGCUUUUGUUGUUACUCAGCACUUAAUUGAUCAAUUAAAGCAGGCGAUUACUCAGUUAACUGGCCUCACCUGGUUUCUUGGGUAUGAAUCAGUUGCUGGUAUUAAGCGAAAACAAAAACCAGCCCACCCUGCGGCUCUCCAGGACCAGGGUUGCCGACCCCUGGUUUAACAUUUAGACUCCUGCUGUUAUAUUAAUGAGCACGUUAUGCAGCUGCUAAAGGUCUAUGUGGUAAAGAUAAAAAAUGAGUGUUAUAGGCGAGUUGUCAUUUUAAGUAGACAUUAAUGGUGGUUGACUGGUUUGGGUGUUUAAUGAGGAGGGCACCUCGACCUCCGUCACACAGCUGUGUUACGGGUUUUUCAUCAACUCAUCUAAGCCUGGUGUUGGCUAAAGUUGUUGACAGUGCGCCCUUUUUUCAUAUUGAUCAAAAUAAACAAAAAUGCCUUUAA